UGUGGCGUCAGUGCUUCGAGCGCUUCAAAACAAUCCUUGUGCUGAAGGGGAUUGAAAAUAAUUGUGAGAAUAUUGACUGAAAUGAUCGAGGAACACGACGAACGAGAAGCAAUAUGCGAUUCAGUGAAUUCGCUUGUGGAAGGUUGUCGCUUGCCGGUUAGAAUGCACGGCACCGAUGAUUGGCCUCUGGCUGAAAUCAUCAGUGUCAAAGAUGUUCGUGGUAUCAAGUGUUAUUACGUUCAUUAUGUAGAUUUUAAUAAAAGAUUAGACGAAUGGGUAGUGGAAACAUGUUUGGAUACAAGAAAAGUUCAGUAUCCAAGGAAAGAUGGUACGACGCCGGGUACAGGAGCGGCAACGCCAAAAAAACAAGCGCCAAGCAGACCGCCGAGUCCGAGCAGUCUGAACAGCGAACCGUUGAACGGUACAGCCGUUUUUCAGGCUGCAUUGCAGAAAAAAAUGGCUCGGAAAAGAAAAGCAACGUUUUUGGAAAACGAAGAUUCGCAAGAAGCGCCACCACCGGUGGUGCCUUCUCCGGUGACUGGUCCAAGACCGUCGCAAGGUUCAAUGGUAGCGCAUCAUGGUCAUGACGAUGUAGUAACGAGAAUGAAAAAUAUCGAAUUAAUAGAGCUCGGUAGGCACAGAAUAAAGCCAUGGUACUUCAGUCCAUACCCUCAAGAAAUGGUGAAUUUGCCGUGCAUUUACAUAUGUGAAUUUUGUUUGAAAUAUCGAAAGAGUAGAAAGUGCCUGGAAAGACAUUUGGCAAAGUGUAAUUUGCGACAUCCACCGGGCAACGAAAUCUAUCGUAAAGGUCCAAUCUCAUUUUUCGAGAUCGACGGUCGAAAGAACAAAAACUAUGCUCAAAAUUUGUGCCUACUAGCGAAAUUGUUCCUCGAUCAUAAAACCCUCGAUUACGAUACCGAUCCAUUUUUAUUCUACGUUAUGACGGAUUUUGACAGUCGAGGAUUUCACAUAGUCGGUUACUUCUCCAAAGAGAAAGAAUCCACUGAGGAUUACAACGUUGCAUGUAUUUUAACUCUACCGCCUUAUCAGAGAAGAGGAUAUGGCAAGUUACUCAUAGAAUUCUCCUACGAACUAUCCAAAUUUGAAGGCAAAACUGGAUCUCCUGAGAAACCAUUGUCCGAUCUUGGUCUCUUGUCUUACCGAAGCUAUUGGGCUCACACCAUUCUUGAUAUCUUACUGAACGUCAAGCCCCUCGUCGAUAAUGAAAAGGCACAAAUAACCAUUAAUGAGAUCUGCGAACUAACUUCCAUCAAGAAAGAGGAUGUUAUUUCUACCCUUCAAAAUCUUAAUCUCAUUAACUAUUACAAGGGACAGUACAUCGUUACGUUGAAUAGAGAAAUAAUUGAGCAGCACGCAGCAGCGAUGGAAAAGAGAUCUAUAAGGAUAGAUCCAAAGUGCUUGCACUGGACGCCGAAAGACUGGAGCGUAAGAGCAAAAUGGUGAAAACACGAGCUCUCAUGAACAAUAUGAAAGAACUUUAAACAAAUGAAAAAAAAACUGUUACACCGUGGACAUGAUUAAGAUGGGUGUCAUUCUAGUAGACGAUCAGUUGAGCAAUGUAUGUCAGGACUCCUGAAAAUAACUGCUCGCUUUCGAACGGUGUAUAAAAUUGUACAUAUUUACAUUGGCGUUUGAAGAAGUCCAGUUUUAAUGAUGGGAAAAAAAGAAACAAAAGAAAUGAACAAGAGUAAUGUAAAAAAAAACUGAAAUACUGAAAAAACCAGACCGUAUGUCGUGAGAAAUUGAUUCUUUGGACUUGUCUCGUUAUAAUUCAAAUAAUGUCAAUAGUACUACUGUUCAUUAUAACGAAAUUGACAGCGAUCUGAUAUUUGAAGAUUUCUGGAGGAGCACUCGUACAAAUCGUGCAAUCAACAUUAUCGAGUCCGACAGAGUCAAAGAGACAGAAGAAAAGACAAAAAUUAACUGAAAAAAUGAAGAGAAGCAAUAAUAAAUCGGAGGCGAAGAUAAUGCAAACGCGAAAAAAUAUUACAAAGGAAAUGGCCAAGCAUUUUAAUACAAUGACGCAGGGUCUUAUUUUUUUUCUUUCUUUUUUAUCAAUCGUUUGGCCAAUCGUUUAUUCUGUUUUUCUUCUCAGUCACACAUACGUGUAUAGUUUCGAGGUAAUCGAUUUGUACAGAACUUCACUAAUAUAGCAGAAUUGUAAAUAAAUGUGAUUUUAUAACGUAA